AUGUCUGACAGCUCCUUCCUGGAAGCAUCAGUUGUCACCACCGCCCCCCAGACGAAUGACUUCCUCGGCCACACCCACCUGCCCAGAGUAGGGGCUCUCGGAAGACAGAGGCCGCAGCGGACCCUCCUGGGCCCUGACCCUGGCCCCGAGGAGCUGGCGGGUGUUCUGCUGCGUGUAUUUGGCCCCGUUGUCAUGAGCAGGGCGGGCACCCCCUCUUCAGGCACAGCCCCGGGGGCCGCAGAGGAGACCCCCUGCCCGAGUGGACGGCCAGAUGCAGGGAUGAGCCGGUCCUCGUUAACUCCACGCCCCUUCUCGGCCCUCCUGGGCUCAGCGCAGGUGGCGCAGGCCGGAGAGGCUGCCGCCGGUUCCCGGCACGUGCCCUCCGGAGAAGCAGGCAGGAACGGGCGUGCCUGCCUCGUGGGCCAGGGCCCUGAGGAGGGGGGCAGGAAGGGAGGCGGGCUGUGCCGCGGGCAUCCCAGAGGUCAGCCGGGAGGCAGGGCUGGGCAGCGGCUCAAGACCUCUCGGUCACCCCGGGCUGCCUCCAGCCGUGCCUGGGCCAGCGGUCCUCACAGCGCCCUCCCCCAGACCCAGCCACCCCUCUGUCCGGGACGCAGCCAGGUCUAUGCUGGUCGCGCCCCUGGGCGGCCCUGCUCCCAGGGAACCUCCCGCAGCAUCCCACACCCGGUGGGGGAAGGAGCUGGACUGUGGGGGAGGCACCAGGGUCAAGACGUGAGCCCCGACUCUGAGCCCCCCGUCUGUGUGACCUUGGGCCAGACAAGCAAGCAGGGCUUCAGCCUCCUGACGGGCAGCGUGGCCCGCGGUGCCCUGCCUCCAAGACCGGCCGGCCUCUCGUCCCCCACCGCCACCCCACCCGGCCUGCCGGAGCCGGACGCGGGCUCUGGCCCAGCCCGAAGGCUCCAGGCUCGCCCUGAGGAGGCCUGCACGUUCCAGCCCCCACGUGGCACAAGACCUGAAGUCCCGCCGUUGUCACCUCUGCGCCCCUGUGGGACGCGCGGUCUCCUGAGACCCCUCGGGGGCCCCCAGGCUGGGGCCCUGGCGAGGCCAGAGAGGACGUCGCUCCAGGAGGAAGGGGAGGGACGCGGCUGUCCUGAGUCUGAGGCCGCCCCAGCCUCCCUGCAGCUCCCCGAGGAGCCGUGGGGUCCCCCCCGUCCCUCCACCGCGCCCGCCGACACACACCCAGCACAGCCCGCACCGAACGUGCUGGUGCGGGGCCAGGAGGUAAGCCCGGGGUGGCGGCGGUCCCUCCGGCGGCCCCCAGCCCUGCUCAGCCCCGGCCCCCAGCCGUCCUGCCCCCGGCCCGCGUGCACUGUGGACCCGCCUGGACCUCAGCCUCCUCAUCGGGGCCGUGGGCUGGGCUCCCAGGUCUCGGAGGGCAGCCUUACGUCCACCAGCAGGCGGACACGGCCCUCACAGCCCUCAGCCGCCCUGCGUGUGCCCCCCGCCUCAGCCAUCACUGCAGGCCCCAUCCUGGGUCCACGCCAAGCUCUGGGUUAUGGAGGCAGGAAGCCUGGUGGCGGGGUGCACAGAGAAGGCCACCCAGGUACACCUUCAUGGAAGGUCUCCGACGUCACCAGAGUGCAGGAAGGGGCCCGGUGCCCAUCCGGCCCUGCCCCUCAUCCUGGCACCUCCGUCCCCACCGCCCAGCUGGCCUUCUCUCCUGCUCCCCCUCAGGUCCAGGGCCUCCCUGAGCCCUCUGUGGGGAGUGGAGAGGUCUCAGGGCCGCCGAGGGCCGUCCUGGGAACAGGUGGGGCGGGCUGCUGUGACCGGUCACUCGAGUGCCUUUUCUGGACGGGCUCGGGGCUGGAGAUGCCCCAGUGCGUGGAGCUGGCAGCCUGGGCGUCUGGCACGGAGCCGGCGCAGGCCCCCCCGCAAGCCCUGCCCGCAGGCCUGUCUUGGGCCAGCACCUGGGACCACGUGGCCUCCAGCCUCAGCACUGGGCCUGCGGGGCUCCCCAGGGCCCACCCCGACUCACAUCACCCAAGGGCCCCACAGACCCUGUCCAGGGGGUGUCUGGCGAGGGAGCGCGGAGGCCUCCCAAGCCCGGGAGCUCCCGCUCAGGGGCUCGCCGUGCGGGGCAGCAAGGGGGCGGCCGGUGCCUGUCCGGGCCCGGCACCUCUGCCCCGCCUGCCCCCCCGCACGGGCCGAGGGGCCCCUCCUCCCGGGCGGCCGCCUUUCAGGGCCCGACAGGCCUUUUCAGGGCUGACGGAGGGCAGGCUGGUCUCUGGUGACUCGGCCAUGCCCAACAAGGCAGGUUUCUCUGCCGGGGUCAGAGGAGGCCACACAUCCAGCCCCGGGCCCCCCGCCCCUGGCAUGGUCCCGAAGUCCCCAGGCCUCCCGCUCUGGGAACUCCAGUGGCGGGAAGAGAGCCUUUGCCGACGAUGCCUGCGAUGCUCCCCCGACUCGCCUGCCCUCCCGCCUCCAGACUCCAGCGCCAGCUCCGUGUUUCCUGGAGCCUCGUCCCUUCCAGCACGCCUGAGCGCCGUGUCCUCCUCCCCUCCAGAAGGCCAGCCGCCCAGGCACCUGCUGAUGCUUGCCGUGGGCGCUCUGGAGGCUGGAGCCUCCCGCAGGGCGGCAGAGCCCGUCUUCUGA